AUGGCUUCUUUAUUAUCCAACAUUAAAACACCACUUCACUUUCACUGCUUCAAAACCCCUUUCUCUUUCGGCUCUUCUCUUCCAUUGAUUCCAUCCCUUUCUUACCACUCCAACAACCCAAAGUUGUUUCAUUCUUCUAUCUCUUCCCUCAAAGCUACUGCCGCUGCUUCCGAUUCGGCUGCUGACAAUUUGCUUGAAAAGCAUGUUCUUUCGCAAGGGAAAGAAAUUGUGGAGGAACAUUGCUAUGAUGAACAACAGCAGCAACACAAUAAUUCUGAAGAACAAGAGCAAGAUAAGCGGGUUCGUUGGAAAGAUCCAAUUUUACAAGAUACUGUUUCGUUGGUUGGGUUUGUCAAAAUGAUUCUUCAUUCUGGACGAUAUGAAAAUGGUGAGAAACUAAGUCCCGAGCAUGAGAAAAUGGUUCUUGAAAAGCUGCUUCCUUAUCAUCCACAUUAUCAAAAAAAGAUUGGAACUGGAGUCGAUUAUAUAACGAUUGGACAUCAUCCUGAUUUUGAUAGCACUAGGUGCUUGUUCAUAGUGCGAAAAGAUGGAGAGAGGGUUGAUUUUUCUUAUUGGAAAUGCAUUAAGGGUUUGGUCAGGAGGAACGCAGAAAAAACGAGCCGUCAUAUGUUCGAAGAAUAA